AUGGCGGUGGAUCGACGGAGGAUCACGAUAUUUGGCGCAGCCUUUGCGCUGCGGUUGAUCCUCAUCUGUCUGUUCCCUUCUCUACCAGACCUGCUUACCGGCCGUGUUGAGGUGUCUACUCCGGUCAACAGUUUUAAGCGACUGCAAGAGGGGCUUUAUCUCUAUACGCGUGACGUGUCACCAUACGACGGCGGAGUCUUCCACCAAGCGCCGCUUCUCCUCCCACUCUUCGCUCUCCUCCCCGACGUACGUUACCAUCCGAUUUCAAUUGCGGUUUUUUAUGGGGUUGUGGAUCUGGUGAACGCACAUGCAUUGGCGACAAUCUCCGAGUCGGGCCAGUCGGUCCAGAGCCGCCUACACUCCGCUAUGCGUAAGAAUGUUCGUUGGGACGGUACAUCAAUAGCGGCAUGGUUUUUGUUCAAUCCGUUUACCAUCGCAACGUGUCUGGCGCGGUCAACGAGUGUCUUCACUACUUCUGGCAUACUGUUGGCCGUCUCCAGUGCUGUGGGCGGAAAUAGCUUGAACGCAAUGCUCGCACUUGGACUCGCAUCCUAUCUCUCUCUCUACCCGGCGCUGCUCUUCAUUCCGCUGGUUUUGCUCUGCUAUGAUCGACGUGCUGAGAAGUGUUCGCUACCACCCAGCACCUCCGUUUUCGUGACCCAGCAUGGCGGAAUCUUGUUAGGCAGUAUCGCAGGUCUUCUUGGGUUAUCUAUUAUGAUCACGGGUAACUUCUGGGAGUUUGUCUCAGCCACUUAUGGCUUCCAUCUGUUGGUGCCUGAUCUCACGCCGAACGUGGGUCUGUGGUGGUACUUUUUCAUCGAAAUGUUCGAUUCCUUCCGUGAAUUCUUCCUUGGGGUAUUCUGGCUUCAUUUAGCCAGUUACGUUGGAGGGCUCACUGCUAGGCUCCGCCGGCAACCUCUCUUCGUCAUUACCUCGCUUUUGGGUGUCUUUGCCAUCUUCAAGCCUUAUCCCAGUAUUUCAGAUGCUUCACUAUACCUAGCGGUGCUGCCAUUAUACCGACAUCUCUUCCCUUUGAUGCGAUAUACCUUUUUCGCCAUCUCUGUUCUCCUCUACUCGAGUUUGCUUGGUCCGGCCUUUUACCACCUCUGGAUAUAUGCGGGGUCCGGCAAUGCCAACUUUUUCUACGCCAUCACUCUGGUGUGGAGUCUCGGGUUAUCCAUUCUGCUCGCAGACAGCAUCUUUGCUGCGAUCCGAGACGAGUGGGAACAGGAUCAUCCUGAGCGCAAGGGGGAAGAGGUCAAACAAGUCUAA